AUGACUACAGCUACAAUUUUGAAUCCAGUGGUCUUAUCCAUCAUCACCCUGCAUUCACAGGCUCACUGUCAACAGUUGCCAGCAGUUGGCAAGAGGACCAAGAAAGAAUGGGAGAAAAAGAGGCUUGAAAAAGAGAAACAGAAGGCAGAUUUGGCUGAUGCCACCAUCCCUCACAUUGUACUGAGCAAAACAGAGGGAGACUAUGGUAGUGCCACAGAGCUGCUGAAAGGUAGUACCCUGCCUUCACAGGAAGAGGUGUUGGUUGGCUUGGGGUUGGGUGCUAGUGGCCUGCCCAUCCCCCCUCCAGUCAUCUUCUCUGUGGUUCCUUUUCCCAAGAUGAGGGUGGCGCUAAGUGAUCAGCUGACCUGCGACUGUUUCACUUUCCUAGUCCCUUCAGGCCCAGAGGAGGACAUGGUAGCCACCUCUGCUAAAGGUUGCCGCAUGAAGGAGGAUGCAGUGAUACAGGACAAGGAAGAGAAGGGUAGAGAGAGUCAGAGGAGCAAGAGACAAACCUCAACUAAGAGAGAAGAGAAGGGCUCAGGCCAUUCCUGCUCAACCAGUCUCUCUCACCGGAGUGAACAAGGUGGCACACAACAUGAGUGCAGCCAAAGGCUUACAACGUACCGCUGGUUGGUACCAGCCAAUGGCGAGGUGGUUCUGAGGAUUGGGUUCCACCCAGGCUCCUCUGGGAUGUUCAGCCAGACGUUCAGCUUUGAAGUGCUGGGCACCCAGAAGUGCUAUCAGCUCCUCUGUAGAGGAAUCUGCACCUACCCCUCCAUCUGCAAAGACUACAUGACUCUCUUUGCCCUGGCUAAAAAAGUGCCCCAAGUGGAAGAAGGGCUGCAGAAGACUUAUGUGGUCAAUCCUGGUUACUUUGAAUUUGGACCCCUACUCUGUGGCAAGAGCAGAGACAGAUACAAGGAGAAGUACCCAGAAAACACAGAGAGGAUGGUGAUCCACAACAACUCUGCUCUGGAUGUAGAGGUUCAGUUCUAUUUCCAGCACGAUACCAAAGCUGACACAUAUAUAUUGGAUCCCCCAACCAUGACCCUCAAACCUGAUCAGAAACAGGAGUUGACAGUGUGGGCCUAUCCCACCAGCCAGGGCCAAAUUGAGGACAGUGUAAUGUGCUGUAUCAAGGACAAUCCAGAGCCGGUCAUUAUCCACCUCUCCUGCUGGGGAGUUCGACCAGAGGUGGAGCUGGACUGCAAACAGCUACACUUUGAUAGGUGUUUGCUGCACAGACAGAACAGUCGUAGUGUAAUGCUACAUAACAAGACAGCUCUCCCAGCAUCCUGGAGAUUGAAGGGUGUGAAGGAGCUGGGAGAGGCGUUCAGUGUGCCCCAGGAUCAGGGCAUCAUCCUACCAAAAUCCUCUUUCCCUCUGUAUUUUCAUUUCAAGCCCACAAAGCCCAUGAACAUCAAAAAGACCAUUCGUCUGGAGAUGUCCGAUGUGGGGAACAUCCUAGGCAAUGUGCACACUAAGAACUUAGAGAUCACCUGUGAAGCCUACGACAUAGCUGUGCAGAUAACCUGUCCUGAUGAUAGAUGUAUGGAUUUUGGAACCAUCAAAGUCUUUGACAAGGGCGAACUGUGUUUCAACUUGAAGAACAACGGAAAAUACAAAAUGGCUUACAAGUUUACCCUGGAGCAGACAGACUCAUCCCAGCCAAACCUUGCAUCCAUUUUCACUGUUUCCCCCCAGUGUGGUACUCUGCUGCCUGAACAUGAGCCUACAGCAGUGCAGCUUCUUAUCAAAACCAAGAAGGAGGUCUUACUGAGAGAGCAGCCUAUCCUUCUCUGUCAGAUUAUUGAACCUCGCAUAGGAGAUGUAGGAGAAACCGUAGGCAUCAUUCCCAUCAAAGUUUCUGUCCAGUCUGUCUUCUCAAGGUACAAAAUCACUCCUGCAAGCAGCCUUGACUUCACUCCACUGGUUUAUGGCUGUAGGAAGACCCAGAGCUUUACCAUUGAAAACACUGGAGUUUUUCAGACCACCUUUACCAUCAGCAACAUGGUCAGGGUCACCCUGCCUACCCCACCUGCAAGGCCAGGCUGUAUCAUCUCCGUCAUCUUCUUCUGCAUCAACACACCGUGCAUUAUGUUCUGCUCUCACAGCCUCCUUAAGGGAAUCUUCAUUGGGCAGAUCUCCUUCUGUGCCUUCUUCCAGACACAUCUCAUCAUGGGUGUGUUCACAGUGUCUCCCAGCUCAGGGACCCUGCUGCCAGGGUCUCAGCAGGUGGUGACUGUGGACUGCAGGGCUGAACAUCUGGGCAAAUGGAAUGAGUGUUUGGUCAUUGACAUCAGUGACCGUGACCCCUCAGACCAGCCAGGGGGCAUAUCUUACAGGCUGACGGCUGAAGUCUGUGCACCAGGAAUAAGUUUAGACUUAAGUUCCAUCUUUGAGGAGCACCACUUCUGCCGCAGCAGUAGCAUCCUCUCCUCUGAACAGUUUUGCAAUGCUGAGGGCAUUUACAUCCUAAAUGAAAACAAAUUUAUUUUCCAAAAAGUCCUAGUGGGGUGCACGGCCCAAGCACGCUUCAAACUCACCAACAACAGCAAGGUGCCCUGUCUGCUCAGCCUGGCCAUUAAAUCUGUUGGCAGUGAGAAUAUGCAGCUCUACCAAGCUGCGUUUGAGGCCACACUGGAGGGGGCUACCAGUGUGACACCCACUUUCACGAAGAAGGUGCUAGGGUUUGACCUGGUGGGUGAAGGCAACCUGCCCAGUGUGUGUGUGGUGCAUCCAGCCCUGACAAAUGAAAGAGGAAACCCCAUGCUGCAGUUCAGACGGGUGCUGGUAGGAUGCAAGCACACCUUGCCGUUGGUGCUGAGAAACAAUGGAAAUGUACCAGCUCAGGUUCAGAUUGACAUGCUGGAUAAACAAGGAGUGUUCACUGUGAAAGCUGCGCCCAGCAACACUUGCAGCUCCAUCCACUGCACUCAGUUAGAGGGCACCACUUACACAGAGCACCCAUUGGCCCACAAGGCCAUUGUGCAUCUCAAGGUCAGGGAGCAGGUGGAGUUUCACAUCAGCUUCUGCUCCAACCAGCCUUUGAGUGCCAAAGCCAACAUGACUCUGCAGGUGGAGAACAACCAGUACAACAUCAUUAUCAUACGACUGGCUGGAGAGGCUUACCAGGACAUUGUCUCUCUUGACAACAUCAGCAGGCCUCUGCGGGACAGUGAUAAAGAGGAUGAUGUGCAUGGUGACUAUGAUGUGCUGGAUUUUGGUGACUGCCAUGUAGACUAUCCCCAUCAGGAGUGUUUCACCAUGACCAACCACAGCAGCAGCCAGGUGCUGAGGUUUGAGUGGCCCCCUGCCGGAUCCCAUGUCUCCUUUUCUCCACGGGUAGGACACCUUCAUGCCGGCUGCUUUAAAGAAGUGACCGUUACUUUCUUCUCCAAUCAACCGGUGACACUGACGAGCCAGCCAAUCAGGUGUAAGCUUUGUCAGGUGGAGUUCCAGCAGCCGCUUGAGCAGGUUGCCGACUGGGAUGACCGACAGCGGACGGUAAUAAAGACGGAUCCUGAGCCCUGUUGCUCUGUGGUUGAGGGCUCACAGAGGGAGCUGCAAUUGCGAAUCAGCGCAGUUUGUGACUACGCCACGUUGAGCUGCAGCACUGACUCUAUCUGUUUGAAAGACACCAUGCUUUACCAGACCAGGAACUACCAAUUGCAGAUGGUGAAUGAGGGUGCUGUGAAGCUGGAUUAUGCCUGGGAAGUCCUUAUGGAUUCAAACAGCAACAGCAUCAGCCAUGUCCAAGGAGAUGUGAGCCCCAGGUCUCGUCCUGGGAGCGCGUCAGCAGGAGCAGUGACUGAAGCCCGACCCAGCAGCGCUUUGGCCAGUGUGAUGUCUGUACUGAUGGGCAACCUUGAGCUCCCGCCCUUCAGUGUGGAGCCCAACAUAGGAGCCGUGGCGCCUGGUGCAAUGCAGACCUUCAACAUUCGCUUUUCUCCUUUGGAAGUGGCCAGGUUCCAAGGCAGGCUCAUCUGCAGAAUCCCUAACUUGCAGGACAAGGGUCAGGCUCCCUGUGUGUCAGUGUGUGGCCGCAGCCUGCUGCCCCACUGCCACUUUGACCUGGAGGACUCAGACUACAUCACUGGGAACCGCCGCAGCCCUGACAGGGGUCCCUUAGACCCUAACACCAGGGUCAUCGAGUUCAACUCUGUUGGCUUGUCUGCAGCAACAACCAGAUGUUUCAGUGUGAUGAACCCCACCAAUACACAGUACUCAUUUCAGUGGAGGUGCGAAGACUUAGACCAUAGCCCAUUCCGCUGCCUCACCUCAUGCGGUACCAUCCUGCCUGGGAAAAAAGUGGAGGUGUGUGUGGAGUAUGUAGCAGAGAAACUGGGUGUGGUGGAGUCUUUUUGGAGCUUCAGGAUUGAGGCGCUGUCACUCUCUGUUCCUUUCCUGUGGGUGGGAAACUGCAGGGAACCGCUGAUCUACCUGACCAGUGUUUACCUCAGGUUUGGUGACCUGUUUGUUGGUCAAACAGUGGAGCAGACCGUUCAUCUAGUGAAUGAAGAGGAGGAGCCCUUCCACUUCUCUGUCUUGCAGUCGUCUCGCCACUGUGGAAACCAGCAGUACGGCCUGAGACUGCAGCCGUUCUCUGGCACAGUGGCACCCAAAGACAGGUUGCCGCUGUCAUUGUCAGUCACACCUUGUCAGGAGGGCUGUGUGAGCUUCAAGUUGUUGCUGAAGGUGAAAGGGAAGUCAGAACCACUCACUCUGCAUGUUAAGGCUGAUGUUUAUGGCAUGAACAUGUGUAUUCACUUGGAGAAGGAAGAUGGAGGCCUCAGAGAAAUAAGUCCCAACCAGCUAAACACACUGGAUUUUGGAAAGGUAGUCCUUUCUGAGCAAUCCAUCUUUACACUCCUGGUGUCCAACAUGGGGAGGUUCAACGUGGAAGUAACCUUUGACCUGGCUGGUCCUCGUGCAGUGCUGCAACACUUAAAGGCAAAGCCACAGACUGCCACUGUUGAGGCUGACAAGCAGCACCGCUGGUCACUCGUCUUCUGCCCCCGGAGCACCUGCAGCCUGCGCUAUAUCUGCCUGACUAUGAGGGUAAAGCAUGGGCCAACAUUUAACUUUGCCAUUAAAGGCAGGUCUGUAGCACCAGGCCUUCAGUUCUCCUUCACUAAACACGACUUUGGCAAGUGCUUCAUACACAGCCCUGGCAUGGAGCCUGCCUCAGAAACACUGGUGAUCAGCAAUAAAGGAAAAACAUGCAUCAGUGUCCAGUGCCUGUUCAGGAACACCUCCCAUUUGAAGGUGGGCUUACAGGAAGAAAGCCUGUUUCCUGGUGGUGUGAUGAAAGUACCGGUCACCUUCUAUCCUCUCAAGGCAUGCCAUUACCAUGAAAAGCUCACCUUCAUCUUAAACAGUUGUGCUGAGCAAGUGGUGGAAAUAUUGGGACAAGGCAUCAAGAUGAAGCUUGAAGUGGAGGAGCCCCGCCAGAGGAAGGUGAAACUAGGGGCUCUGCUGUUGGGUCAGAAAGUGAAGAAGCAGGUGGUUCUGGUCAACAACAGCCUCUCAGACCUCACUUUCAUCCUGCUGCUCAACUCACAUCUGGACCCCCGCGAGCUGUCAUUUAGUCCAGCAAGUGAGCUAACCCUGAAAGCCAGCGGUGGUCGGUGUGUUGUUGACAUCCUGUUCGCACCCCAUCAGUGCAUGUCUCCCUUCACAGCCGAGCUAGAGGCAAAGUGUGUGGGCCUGCAGAUCCCCCUGCUGACCAUCCAAGGAUGCUGUCAGGGUGUGGAGGUACAGCUGGACCCAGUCUACCUGGCCUUUGGGGCUGUAGUCUGUGGCUGUCAGGCCAAAAAAAGGAUUGUCAUGAUGAACACUGGAGACAUUGGUGCCAAGUUCCAAUGGGAAGUAGAAUGUUUUCCUCCCGAGGUGUCCAUCGUGCCUGCCAAGGGCUAUAUCUCUCCAGGCAUGGAGGUUCCUUUUGAUGUGACCUUUUAUCCUAUGGAGUUGAGCAAUAACAAAAGAUACGAGAACCUGGCUUGCUUUGUCGAGGGCUCCUCCACACCUGUCUCCCUUACUCUGACAGGCUCCUGUAUCGGCCCCUCCUCUACAAAAGAGGUGGUGAUAUUUGUUUGUCCAGUACGUGACUCUCAUGUCCAGACCCUGACUGUGUCCAACCCCACAAACCAGUGUUUGAGCCUCAAACCUGUCAUUGAAGGCGAGCAGUGGAGCGCUCCGCCCUAUUUGAUUCUCGAACCCCACCAAAGCAAGACCUAUGAGGUCACCUACCAACCACUGACCAUGGCUCCUAAGGGCAAGGAACACCUGGGAUCAGUGUUUUUAUCCUUCCCUGAUGGCAGAGGCAUGCUAUACUCUCUGCAGGGAGUUGCUGAGCCUCCCAAGGCGGAGGCCACUAUUACCCAUGAACUGCCUGCCAAGACUCACCACACUGAGUUGCUCCCUGUGCAAAACUGGCUCAAUAAGCCACAAAGGUUUCGUGUGGAGAUAGAUGUCCUGAAACCCAAGAGGACAGAUGCUACAGUGUCCCUAAAGGGUCAACAUUACUUCGAUGUUCCUGCUCUGGCCAAAAGAGACUAUAAGAUGUCCUUCUUCACAUACAGGGAGGGAGUGUUCAACACCAAGGUGACGUUCCAUAAUGAGGCGUCUGGUGAAUACUUGUUCUACCAUGUUAACUUCAAUGUCACGUCUCCUGGGGUGCUGUCCACCAUGCAGCUGGAGACGACUGUCCGCCACACAGCCUCUGCCAGUAUGGUGGUAGAGAACCCCCUGACCACGGCUACCUCCCUCACCACUGAUUCUCAGUGCCCCGACAUCAGUGUCCCGCCCCAUUACACUAUGCCAGCACAGUGCAAGAGCACUCUAAGAUUUGACUUCCGGCCCCUGCAUGCAGGCGAGUCCACAGCCAGGCUGACUCUACACAAUAAUGAGCUGGGCUACUUCCACUAUGAGCUGCUCCUCAGAGCCCUGCCCCCACCGCCAGAGAAGGCCAUCCACUUCAUCACUCCUCUGGGCAGUUGCCACUCUGCGCUCGCCAAGUUUAUCAACUAUUCCCAUGUCACGGCUAUAUACUCCUGCAAGACGGACUGCCCAGACUUCAUAGUGGACAAGAGCUUUAGUGCUUCGCCGGGGUUCCACGAAGGCUCAGAGGCCGGUGUGGAGAUUUACUUUGAACCCCACCAGCUGGGGGAGGUUAGGGGCCAGCUCACCCUGUCCUCAGCUGUUGGUGGUGAGUACAUCUUCCCCCUCCAUGGGACCUGCCUCCCUUCAAAAGCCCAGGGCCCCUUCACCAUCAGGUCUGGCUCCAACAUCUCUAUCCCCCUCAAGAAUGUCUUCCUGCAAGCUAUGGCCUUCUCCUUCCAGGUGGACAACCCAUGCUUCACAGUGAAAGGGCCGAACAUUAUCCCUUCCAAAAAGACCCACAGCAUACUGGUGAAUUUUGAGGCCCCGCCAGGCUCUUUGGGGCCCUGCUUUGGCAAGCUGACCGUCUCCAUCUCCAGUUCAGAUGCCUGCACCAAGCCCUGCUCCUGGGUGUACUACCUGAGGGGUUCCUGUCCCUGAGACACUCCCAAAGUCGAUGCACAUAGAAGACCAUACAUGCACAGACGCUUUAGGCAAGAUUCAAACUAAACUUUUAUGUGAGAUUUUAGAGAUUGAUAGUUUGGUAUAACAGAAUAGAAUAGAAGCCUUUAUUGUCAUUGUGUACAUACAAUGAAAUUGCAGGUGCCCUUCACAGUACCGUUUACGAUCAGACAUGGACAAUUGACCAAUACAAAUGAACAAACAACAUGAAGAGACAAAUAACGACAGAGAAGAGACAAUACUGAGGUAGAGGCAAUAAUGAGGUAAGGAGAAAAAAAAUAUAAAAAAUAUAUAAAAAACAUAAAAUGAAGUGGUGUAACAGUGCAAUUAAAGUGGUGUAACAGUGCAAGUUAGGCUACAGCAGGCUAUAGAGUCAUAGUGUAUGUGUGUUAAGAGAUUGUAUGGCC